CCCCCGCCACGCUGCUACUCCUCUUUCUCCUCUUCUUUGUCGCCGUUCCAUAAUUACCCCUUCACUCCCCCCUCCCAAGCCCUCCCUGUCAUGUUUCCCUUGGAGAGUGAACCCUGGUGGGAUUCCGUGUCCUGUGUGCCCUGUGUUCUAAGCCGUUACCCGCAAUUGGAUUGAACCGAGGCCAGACAAGCUAGUCUCCCUAUACUUCGGGCCUGUGACACUCACCUGUAAGAACUGGCGUGGUUUGUUUCAUUCCGAUUAAACCACGAAACCAGCAUGAUCCCUGUUGAAGAGCUACAGCGAAGCGCUGGUGCUGUCAGCACUGGAAGUGACACCUCAGCCCUUCCAUCAAAGGCCAUGAACGGAAAGACAUCCAACGGCCAUCCUCCGAAAGCGACAAAUGGCGCCACCAACACCAACUGGAGGAGGAGGAGCAAAUAUCGCCAUGUGGAAGCCUAUCAUUCUAGAGUACGGCACUCAAGCCUCAGUCGCGAACCCAACGUCACGGCCAGUUUCCUGGGCUUCCGAAAUCUCAUGGUUAUUGUUCUCGUGGCGAUGAAUCUCCGGCUGAUCAUUGAAAACUUCAUGAAAUAUGGUGUUUUGAUCUGCAUCAGGUGCCACGAUUAUCGGAAGCAGGAUGUCGUACUUGGAUCGGCGCUCUUCGCCCUCGUCCCAUUCCAUCUAUACGUCUCCUAUCUCAUUGAGCUGGCCGCGGCGAAACAGGCCAAGCGGAUUGUUGGUCAGAAGAAGAAGGACAUCUCGACCGAGGUAAAUGAGCGCGAACAACGGAUUUUCAAGAACACCUGGUGGAUCUCUGCAUUCUUCCACUGUUUAAACACCCUUCUUAGUUUGGGAAUUACGAGCUUCGUCGUAUAUUUCUACGUCCAUCAUCCAGGAAUUGGCACUCUUUGCGAGCUUCAGGCUCUCAUCGUGUCGUUCAAGAUCUGUUCCUAUGCUUUCACCAACCGCGACCUCCGUGAAGCAAUGCUCAACCCAUCUGUUGAGUCCGCGCUCCCAGAGAUCUAUGCGUCUUGCCCAUACCCCAACAACAUUACCCUUGGAAACCUGAUUUACUUCUGGCUAGCACCUACGCUAGUCUACCAGCCGGUGUACCCCAGGUCAUCGCACAUCCGGUGGUCGUUCGUGGCCAAGCGUUUAUUUGAGUUCUUUUGCCUAGCUGUGUUUAUCUGGCUAUUGUCGGCCCAGUAUGCGGCCCCCGUCUUGCGGAAUUCCAUCGACAAGAUUGCUGUCAUGGACAUCGCGUCUAUUCUGGAGCGGGUGAUGAAACUCUCGACAAUCUCGCUUAUCAUUUGGCUGGCCGGGUUCUUUGCGCUCUUUCAAGCACUAUUGAACGCCUUGGCUGAGGUGAUGCGGUUUGGAGACCGCGAGUUCUACACUGAUUGGUGGAAUAGUUCCAGUCUCGGGAUGUACUGGCGGUCCUGGAAUCGGCCGGUAUACCUCUUCAUGAAGAGACAUGUCUAUUCGCCGCUUGUUGGGCGAGGGUGGAGUCCUCUUGCGGCAAGUACGGUGGUCUUCACGUUAUCUGCUGUUCUCCACGAGGUCCUCGUGGGUAUUCCGACGCAUAACCUGAUUGGUGUGGCCUUUGCGGGUAUGAUGUUUCAACUACCGCUGAUCAUCCUGACCGCUCCCUUGGACAAGAUCCAGGACCCGUCGGGGAAAGUGAUUGGCAAUUCCGUUUUCUGGAUAAGUUUUUGUCUUGUCGGCCAGCCUCUAGGGGCAUUGCUAUAUUUCUUUGCCUGGCAGGCGAAAUACGGUACUGUGAGCCGGAUGUGAGAAUAGAGGCACCUUUCAUUGUUUUACCAUAAUGUAAAUCAACCCGUUCAACUCGCACCUUGCAGAAUUGCAAACACACAGUAAGCG